AUGAAGGAGUACUUCUUUAAGUUUAACCCAUUAGCCAAGUAUGUUCCUGAUUUGAUUGCUGACACUCGAGCUAGUAUGAAAAAGUUCAUGAAAAGUGUUUCUAGUUUGGUACUAAAAGAGUGUAGGACUGCGAUGCUGAAUAGGGAUAUAGAUUUGCCUAUAUUGAUGAUACAUGCACAGCAAAUAGAGGCAGAUAAAAUAAGGGAGAGAGAUAGACCUUCAUCAGCUAGUACUCCCACGCCUAGAAAUAGGAAGGAGCAAGGGAACAGGUCUUCCAUGUCUCGAUCGCAGAAUAGUGCAAGUAACAGAUCUCACUAUCCUCCUUGUGCUAAGUAUGGUAGGUAUCAUCUCGAUGAGUGCUUAGCAGACCAUAGGGGUUGUUUCGAUUAUGGCAAAUUGGGCCACAAACUUACAGAGUGUCCGCAUGCAAGGCAAGGGAAUAGAGAUGACAGACCUCAGACACAGGCUACUAAUGCACCAGCUCUUGUAGCCCGUCCUGCCCCUGCUCAAGGUGUGUCAUCUAGCAAUGUUGGUGGUUAG